GGAGGGAGGGCCGGGCUAGGCAUCCCUUGCGCUCGUGCUCGGCCGGGAGGUAAGCAAGCCGCCGUAAAGCAAGGGUUCGAGGCGGUGGCACGGCCGAGCCUCUCCGUGGCAGGCGCCCCUUCCAGCCCGGCUUGCGAUCGAGCGGGAUGGCUCAGCGACUUCUCCUGCGGAGGUGUCUGGCCUCUCUCAUCUCCCCAAAGCCUUCUCAUGGUCGGUUAGCACCCCUGGCUUCCAGAGCCUUACAGGCCCCACAGCACCUUCCCAGCGGCCUGGCAGGGGUGCCCAGCCUCACCCGGUCUAUAUCUACCACCCGCGCUUGUCCCACGACCUUCAACAUCCAGGAUGGACCUGACUUCCAGGACCGUGUGGUCAACAGUGAGACCCCCGUGGUGGUCGAUUUCCAUGCACAGUGGUGUGGCCCCUGUAAGAUCCUGGGCCCACGGCUGGAGAAGCUGGUUGCCAAGCAGCAUGGAAAGGUCGUGAUGGCAAAGGUGGACAUCGAUGACCACACUGACCUGGCUCUGGAAUAUGAGGUGUCAGCUGUGCCCACCGUGCUGGCCAUCAAGAAUGGGGACGUGGUGGACAAGUUCGUGGGUAUUAAGGACGAAGACCAGCUCGAGGUCUUCCUGAAGAAGCUCAUCGACUGACAGCAGAGAAGGCCCAGGACUGCCCGCUGCAGGCCGAGGGGAUGUCUCGAGGACUCAGCCCUGUUGCCUCCUGCCAGAGCUCAGAGCCCUCACCCUGGUCUGGAGACCUGGGAGCCUGGAGCCUCCCAGCUGCCACCAGGGCCUUGGUGCUGCUGCUGCUGGCCUUUGGGCUGCACCUUCUCCCAGAUAAUCGGCCCAGCCACCCCCCUGUGGCCCCUGCCCUUUUCGAAUCCCUGGGCCUUUUUUUUUUUCCCCCUGCUGUUUUAUAGAAAGAAUAAGAAGAAAUCCUAACCAACAAGAGGAAUCAACGAUUCUCACUUUCUGUAGGUCUGCAAUAAAGAACUUUCGUGACCCCCC